AUGUCAAAAAUCAUGAUGCACAAAAUAUUUUGGUCAUUACCUUUAUUAGCAACAUUAACCUCAGCAUUACAACCCAAGCCUAACCCAUCAGGACCCAUACAAAACUUUGCAGAAGGGAAUAUAUGGCUCGAUGACAGUUUCAAUCAAGUAGAGAAUCUGUAUCAUUUUGAUACACCAUGCACUCAAGAUAUCUCAAAUUUUCAUGACAUAAACCAGGAAAAAGGACAGAAACACAUGCUUUAUGAUGCAAUUGAACCUUGGAAAUCACUAUCUGAUUAUGAAAAUCAAGCUCUUUCUCAUCUUGAAGGAGGACCCCAAGAUAGAAUCUUAUAUGAUGUUUUUGAUGCAUACUGGAAUACUUAUGGUCAGCUAGAAAUGAUCUUGCAACCUGAUCAGCAGACAUCUCAUAGACCAGAAACUCAUAUGGAAAAAGAGACAACUGUUGAUCAAAGCCAAGAGUUGCACUAUAGAUCUGCAAAAUCUAGCAUUGACUUUGACACCUUGAGGCAUCCAACCCAAGAUAAUUUUCAUCCCCAUAAAAGGAUGAAAGAUACAUGCACUACCACACAUGACAAUCACAAUACUCCAACACCAGGGAUCGGAGGAUUUACAUCCAUAGGUACUUCUGAGAAUGUUCCCUCAAUAUCAACCAAGUCAAGUACACCAGGUGAUCUGAUUCAUGAUAAUACAAAGAUGGUCAAGAAGAGUCAAUUUUUCCAGGACAGCAAGGGUAUCCCUACCAAUGAAGACAUGUACCUCUAUACCUUGUUGAAUGAGUUUUCUGGAAACCUUGAUCCCUAUCAAAACCUUUAUGACAGUGAUUCAAACCGUCUACAUGGAAAUGAGGGGUCUUUUGAAAGGCAAUCUCAAGGUUCAUCCUCAAGACAAUCAGAUCCAAUUGCUCAUUUGAUUCAAGACCCUUCAGAAACAUAUAAUCAACACCAAAUUGUCCAGGAAAGCCAUAGGGUACAUCAUAAUCUUCCAUCUUUAGACAUGGACCUCUAUGAACAUAUCCAUGCAGCGCCCUCAAACCUCCAUUCCCAUGAAGGGAACAAGAGCACAUGGCCCAUCAAGACAUACCACAACCAAAACAACUUUCCAGUAACUAGAGCUGAGGUCUCUGUAAGCAUGAACACUGCUCACCAACCUCCUUAUUCUGUUUCAAGUUCUUUCCAAGAGUCAAUUUCAAAGGCAUCAGAUAAAGUACUUUGUUCCAUGCAAAAUCAUUCAAAUGUGGUAAAUCAUGGUGUUAGUCCAGAAUCUGUGAUCAAAACUCACAACAAGUGUCCUGAGAAUCCAGAAUGGUAUGGUUAUGAUCAAGGUAAUCUCAUGGAAAUUCCUCCAAACAUUGUAGAUCAUGCACUUACUCCAGAAUUUAUUAUGGGAAGCCACAACAUGGAUUCUGGAAAUUCAAACUGGGAUCCUUCCAAUGAUCUACCUGGAGUUGAUAUGAGUAUGUUACAGCAUGGAACAACAAAAGUCAAAAUGAGAUCAGAUCAUAGGAUACCUGCAAUAGACUCUACAAAUAUUGAAUUGCAAUGGAACACUCCUCAACAAGCAUCCAGUGUGCAGGAUAAAGGAACUAGAACAGUUUCUUAUGAAACAGGAAACUCACCACCUAGCACAAGCUACAAUUCCCAGGGAUUGGUAGGACUUGAAAAGACAGAUCAGAUUGAAACAAACAAGAACCUUGGGCAUUCAGGCUGUGUAGACAGAUUCCCCCUUGUACCAAAAUCAAAAAAGUAUAGCUCUUUGAAUGUCCCGUGUUGCAAAUUGAUUCCAAAGCUACAGCAAAUUGGUGGAUUUUUAGUAAAUAACUCACCAGGUUUGUGUUAUGAAACCACAAUUUGGUUUGACAAGCUAGAGAAGGAUAUGAUUGAAAAUAAUAAUCAAGAGGCAUCAACCAUGACUUUGAUUGAUAGAGCCAUCAAAUCUGCACAUUUGAGGAUCACCAUGUGCUUUUUAGGUCUUAUUGGGAUCUUUGCAAAUGAAGGUGGUGAUAAAUCAUCUUUAGAAAUUGUUUUGAAACAAGGUUGGGAUUUAAUAAAAGGACACUUUGAGGAUUGGAGGAAGUUGAAUAUAAUUGACAAGAAUGGAAAUGUGAUUGUACACCAUGAUAGUGUGAAAUGUCCAUAUAAGGCAAAACUUACAAGACAAAGUAACUUGCAUCACCCACUCUUCUGGUUCCAUGACUUGAGUAAGCUUACUCAACCUCAAAGAUUACCAGUUGAUCUAAUUUACUAUCUCAAAUCAACAUGGAAUAUGGAAAUACCAAACUCAAUGAUUGGUGUACAUAACAUAGCAGUGUACCAUUUAGAAAUCCAAAAUUUCCAUGAUGUUUAUAUAAACCAUAGUCAUGGUGGGUUUUAUGGAAGAGGAGAAAUAAGAAAUAUUGCAUUUAAAGGAGUGAAAUUGUCUGGAAAAUAUAUAGUGCCUGAAAAUGAGAAUUUUUCAACAUGGUAUACAGUCUGCAAGAAACUGGCUGAAAUUGCACAGUUUCAUUCAUCUGUAGGAUUUGAUCUGUGUCAAGAGGUUCACAGUUUCUUUGUAUCAUUGAUUGAGCACCUAUUGAACACUUACAAGGGAUUACAUCAGUGUGAUAUAUCAUCUGCUGGAAAGACUCGCGGGGAAAAAAUCAAGGAUUCAUCUAUCUGUAAUCCCCAUGAUAAAAAUGUUCAAAGAAUUGUCCAAUCUAUCAGUAUGGCUGAGUACAGAGUGACUGUGGGUUUUAUAGGACUGGUGAGAGUACUUUACCAGAAAGAAGUCCAAGCUGAUACACUCAGCUUAUUACUCAAGAGUGCAUGGGAUUUCCUAAAAGGAAUAUUUUCAAAAUGGAGAGACAUUAAAUCUUAUAACAAUACUUUGGUAUUUGAUGACAAGAGAAUCACACGGAACAAGUGGAAACUAGAUUAUUCAGAUCCUCAUGAAUUAUUCAAUGCAUUAUGGCAACAUGAAGAUUACCUAAGGAAUCCUAUACCACUUUAUUGUUUAAAAAGUCUUGUGAACGUUUGGAACAAAGAUCUAAAAUCACUACAAAAGCUAAAUCCAAAUUCUUUCAAUUUUGUCAUCAAGGUCCUAUCUGCUAAGACACCAUUAGAUUACAAACAAUUGAUUAGGUGA